AUGUUCUACGUGAUCGGCCUCGGUCUUGCAGACGAGAAGGAUAUCACCGUACGCGGGUUGGAGGCUGUGAAGUCUUCGACACGCGUUUAUUUGGAGGCGUACACGAGCAUCUUGAUGGUGCCGAAAGAACGCUUGGAAGCAUUCUACGGCAAGGAACUGAUCCUCGCCGACCGUGAUAUGGUAGAGACCCAGAGCGAUGAAAUCCUAGCAGGUGCAGACAAGGAGGAUAUCGCGCUUCUCGUUGUAGGUGAUCCGUUCGGCGCUACGACACAUACGGACAUCAUCCUCCGAGCGCGCGCAGCUGGUAUCCCUACUCGUGUGAUCCACAAUGCAUCAAUACUCAAUGCGGCGGGCGCCUGUGGCUUGCAGCUAUACAAUUUUGGGCAAACUGUGUCCCUAGUCUUCUUUACGGAGACAUGGAGACCGGAUAGCUUCUAUGAUCGCAUGCAGGAGAACGCUGGUCUAGGCAUGCACACGCUUGUCCUUCUCGACAUCAAAGUCAAGGAGCAGAGCGAAGAGAAUCUAGCAAGGGGCCGUAAGAUCUACGAACCGCCAAGAUACAUGUCGAUUCCGCAAGCUGUCUCUCAACUCCUGGAGGUUGAAGAGACGCGCAAAGGCGGUAUCCUAGAUGCCGAUAGAACACUGGCGAUCGCGCUCUCGCGCGUUGGAGGUGGCGAUGGACAUGAAAAGAUUGUAUCCGGUACGCUCGCACAGCUGCGAGAUCAGCCGGCGGAUGUGUUCGGCGAGCCGCUGCAUAGUCUCGUCAUUGUUGGGAAGCGACUGCAUGAGCUAGAAGCGGCAUAUGCCGAGUCCUAUGCAGUGGACAAGCCAUCGUGGAAAGAUGUCGCGCAGCGCGUUUAUGGCUGUACCUUUGAUUGA